AUACAUUAAGAAAGAAAACAUUUUAUAGUUAUAAAUUAACGGACUGAGCUAAUCCACCUGAUGAGAAUGCUUCCAAUUUUCUACGAAAGUGAGGCUGAUGUAACAGCUAGAAACUUAGGAACAAACUGUAUGAUACCUAAUGAGGGUAACAAUGAAAAAGAAACAAUACCCAAAGCGUUUGAUGAUGAAGAUUUCGAGCAAGAACCAAUCAAAACAAAAAAUGCAAUUACAAAAAAGCCCUGCGCCAUCGUUGUCCUAUCUAAUAUUCAAAACCCUUCAAUGCAGUCACUGUUGAGGAAAUACAAAUACGACGCAAAUGGCAUACUAAUACCAAGCAGCGUGAAAUACUUCAUCAAGCUACCGCAAAGUUUAAAGUCUUCGUCUGUUCUGCUGCCACUAAAUGACAAAGCUUUCUCGCCUUUAGGGGGAUUCGUGAGGUACUAUAAAGAAGUGCCACCUAUACCACACUCUUGGUAAAAUGUUAGCUACCAGGCAUUUUGCAGUUAUGAGUAAAUCCUUCAAAUGUAUUAAGCCAUAGUGAACUUUUCAAUUUUUCUUUGUAAUUUAUAAUUAUCAUAAACAUGUGUAAUCUGUAAAAAUGUUUUAUUUGCUGUCUGUAUCUAGAGCUCUGCUGUAUUUCAGCCCAUCUUAAACAUAAAACAUACUGCAAUUCUAAAUAAUUUAUUAUUUCUCCAAGCAUAGCUUUUCUUUGUGAAUUCAAGAUUUGGCAAAUCUAAAAUGUAUUACCCAAGGUCGUGAAUACCAUUACAUUGAACAUAUUUUUUCUGACCUUUUUAUAUACUCUUAACAAUAAAGCCACCGUUGGGUUAAGCCCAUAUUUAUUUUAAUAUAAUAUC